UGACUAACAAAAGCAGAAAGUGCACGUUAUCAACUGCCAAAAUAACAGCAAUAUGAAAUACCAAAUUCAUGGGAACAAAAGAUUAUGACACAAGUCAACAAACAUGCGGUUGUUGUUGCAAUGCGUUAAGCUAAUCAUUAUUUUAAAUUUGAAAGCAGGGAAAAAGGAAAUUCGCUGCAAAACAUCCCAUGAUCUCUAACCAUGAAGAACACUGCAUCUAUGGGUAUUGGUAUUACAAUUAUAUUCUGUAUGAUUGAUGUUAUGCAGUUUCAGAACAUUAGCAGGGCUGACUUCCCUCCUGGUUUUGUUUUUGGAACUGCUUCAUCUGCUUACCAGUUUGAAGGAGCAGUGGAUGAAGGAAACAGGAAAGCUAGCAUUUGGGAUACAUUUGCACACAAACCAGGGCGAGUCAUGGACUUUAGUAAUGCAGAUGUAGCAGUUGAUCAGUACCAUCGUUUCAAGGAGGACAUUGAUCUUAUGGUUGAUUUGGGUAUGGAUGCCUACAGAUUUUCAAUAUCUUGGUCACGAUUGUAUCCCAAUGGAAGUGGAGAGAUCAACAAAGCAGGGUUGGAUUAUUACAACACUUUCAUAGAUACUCUUGUUGAAAAAGGAAUUGAGCCUUAUGUUACAUUAUACCAUUGGGACCUUCCUCAAGCUCUUCAAGAUAGUUAUGGUGGGUGGUUGAGUCCCCAGAUUGUAGAUGAUUUUUCCAAGUAUGCAAAGGCUUGCUUUGGAGCUUUUGGAGACAGAGUGAAGCAUUGGAUCACAUUUAAUGAGCCUAGGGGAUUUUCUAUCAACGGUUAUGACCUUGGCUUGCAAGCUCCAGGAAGGUGUUCCAUUCUUUCUCACCUUCUCUGUAAGGCAGGAAACUCUUCGGCAGAGCCUUACAUAGUUGCUCACAACAUACUUUUAUCACAUGCUACUGCAGUCGAUAUUUACAGGCAACAUUUCAAGAAGAAACAAAGAGGGAGCAUUGGUAUCACUCUGGAUGCCAAGUGGUUUAAACCAAUGUCUGAUUCUUCGGAAGAUCAAGAUGCUGCUCAGAGAGCACUAGAUUUCGAGCUUGGAUGGUUCAUGGAUCCCAUCUACAAGGGUGAUUACCCGGCAUCAAUGAGGCAGAUGGUGGAUAACAGGCUACCCAAAUUCUCUAAAGAGCAAUCCAAAUUACUCAGAGGUUCUCUUGAUUUUGUUGGCAUUAAUCACUACACAACACUAUAUGCUCGAAACGAUAGAAGUCGAAUUCGCAAGAGAAUUCUAAACGAUGCAUGUUCAGAUUCAGCAGUUAUAACAAGUCCCUUUCGUAAAGGAGUUUCGAUAGGAGACCGUGGUGCCUCCAUCUGGCUGUACAUUGUUCCGUGGGGUAUCAGAAGUCUCAUGACUUACAUCAAGCAAACAUACAGAAACCCUCCAGUAGUUAUCACAGAGAACGGGGUUGAUGAUCGGAACAGCCGCUUCAUACCUAUGAUGAAUGCCUUGAAUGACAACAAGAGGAUGGAGUAUCACAGUGAGUAUCUUUCAAAUGUAUCCGCUGCUAUCAAGAAAGAUGGGUGCGACAUAAGAGGUUAUUUUGUGUGGUCACUGCUGGAUAACUGGGAGUGGAAUUCAGGAUUUACUGUGAGAUUUGGGUUAUACUUUGUAGACUACAAAAACAACCUCAAAAGAUAUCCAAAGGCUUCCGUGAGCUGGUUCAAAAGCUUCCUAACCCCGAUUCGGUGACGAUAAAGACAGGAAAUUUAUUUAUUUAUUGUACGUUACUUGGACCGUAGGGCUGGUAUAUAUUAAAUUUUAUUGACGAAAGAUUCUCCUUACCUAGAGUGGAUUAUGUGUGAUGUGGAAGAGUUUUGCCACGUGGAAAAGCAAUCUGAACGUCAAAGUUUGAAGUCAAUUUGUAUUCGUGAUAAUCCAUUCAUUUGAUUAACAGUUA